AUGUUAAGACUAUCUUUGUCAAUCAUUGUGCUUGUGUGCAUCAUUGGACACCAUGUUAGCAACUCAACACCCUUGGAUGACUAUGUCAAUGCACCAGAUCCCACCUACAAAUGGACACUCAACAAUACAUUCAGUACUGAUCUCUACACUGCUCAUGUUUUGGAAUUGACAUCACAAACAUGGAUGACAUUGAAUGAAUCAAACAGACCUGUUUGGAAACAUUGGUUGACAAUCUGUCUACCAAACACCAUUAAGUCUCAAACAGCAUUCCUUUACAUUGAUGGAGGUAGCAACAAUAACUGGUCUCCACCAAACUCUGUUGAUAGUCUUGUCCGACUUGCUUGUGAGACAUCUGAUACGAUCACAGUCGGUCUCACUCAAAUUCCAAACCAACCAAUCAUGUUUAACAAUGAUGGUCACGAGAGGAGUGAGGACAACUUGAUUGCAUACACUUGGAGACAUUUCAUAAACUACACCAACGAUCCAAUCUGGUUGGCAAGACUUCCAAUGACCAAGGCCGUCGUCAAGGCCAUGGACGCAGUCCAGGAGUUUGGAAAGACCAUCCCAUACGUCGUCGACAACUUUGUCGUUGCCGGUGCAUCAAAGAGAGGCUGGACCACAUGGACCACUGCCGCCGUCGACACUAGAGUGGCUGUUGCUGUGCCAAUCGUGAUGCCAAUCCUCAAUCUUACGGCCAACAUGGGCCAUCAGUGGCAGGCAUAUGGAAACUGGAGCUUCGCCCUUGAGGACUACUUGAACGAAGAUAUCAUGGCAUACCUCAACUCGCCACAGAUGCAGGACUUGGCCGAUAUUGUCGACCCAAUGACCUACAUUGAUCGUUUGACCAUGCCCAAGUAUGUGAUCUGCUCAACUGGCGACGAGUUCUUCCUUCCAGACUCGCCAUCCUUCUUCUUCUCCAAGUUGCUGGGUGAAAAGCAUCUUCGUCUCGUUCCCAAUGCCGAGCACUCCUUGCUAGGCCAUCAAGACGACAUUGUGAUGGGAGUUGUGACAAUGAUGAGGAUGUUCAUCAAGAACGAGCCCCGUCCCGAGUUCAACUAUGCCAUCGUCUACAACGCCAAUGGCACUGCCACCAUCACCAUGACCGUCACACCAGGCACACCAGUGCCCUACAAGGUCAAGGCAUGGCACGCCUCCACCGAGUCCAAGACUCGUCGUGACUUCCGUCUACUCACCUGCAUUCCAGGCCCACCCACAUGUGUCCAGCCCAUCUUCUGGCUUGAGCAGGAGGUGCCCAACAUCAACAACGUCUACACCUACACUAUGGGACCACCAUCACAUGGAUGGCGUGGAUUCUUCCUCGAGGCCUCAUACCUCGAAGAUCCCUUGCAGCAGGAGUACAUCAUGAAGUACACCAGUGAGGUGGCCAUCGUCCCCAAUGUUCUUCCCUUCCCUCCAUGUGGUGAUAACUGUCAACCAUACAAAGAGUAG